UCGCUUGGCUCCUUCCUUCUUUGACUCAACUCUCUCUGUCUCUCUCUCUGCCGCAUCAACGCGUUUUUACUGUCAUUAAUCUCUCAUUCGCUCACCCAUAACAUCCCGCACCCGAAAGACAAGCCAAAGUACUUAAUUUCGACAAUCUCCUUUGACAAAUCCACACGCCAUCCCCCCAUUUUCUUUCUUUCUGCGAAAUUUCCUCUACCCACGUCCCAUUUCCUCUUAUAUAAACUGUCUCUCGUCUUUCCCUCUUCCUCACCUCAUGCCACCGGCUGAAUCUAUCCUAUCUAGUCUAGAAAUACUAGAGACCCGUAUUGAUAUUUAGCUCUAGUGGAAAAUAUUGUAUUUGAUAGUUGGUUUGUGUGAAAAGAAAAAAUGGAGAACAAUCAGUCUUUCUGGCAAUUCAGUGACCAGCUUAGGCUUCAUACCAACAACUUGGCAAAUCUGUCUCUCAACGACUCUAUUUGGGGCAACUCUUAUGUGUCCAAGAGGCCUGAAGAGAGGCGGAACUUCGAUAUCACAGUCGGCGGUGAGGUCAAGUCUCAAAAUUCGGUGAAUUCUGUGAAUGAUUUGAAGCCGAAUUUUAAUGGGUUUAACGAUAAUUGGAAGAUGGGAGUUGGGUCCAGCCGAAUUGGUUCCAUGGGAGGAGGUGUUAAUUCACCUCAAAACAUGGUUGGAGUUGGGCUAAAUGGUGGGUUUAAUAAAGGGAUUUAUUCCAGUCCUUCGUUGAAUUUCAAUACUCACACUAAGGCUAACAACAAUGUUAUGGUGAAUGGUAAGGGGAAAUGGAACAGUAAAGGUGAGGAUGAGCAAAGUCAUGGGUUUGGUUAUGGAGGUAAAAGUGGUAGGAAGAACAAGAACAGUAAGGUUAGCAAUAACGAUAAUAAUAGUGAGAACAGUAAUAAGAAUGGUGUGGACAAGAGGUUCAAGACGCUUCCACCAUCAGAAUCUCUGCCUAGAAAUGAGACGGUUGGUGGGUAUAUCUUUGUAUGCAACAACGACACCAUGCAAGAGAAUCUCCAGAGGCAGCUCUUUGGUUUGCCUCCACGCUACCGAGAUUCAGUUCGGGCGAUAACACCAGGGUUGCCCCUUUUCCUAUACAACUACUCCACCCACCAACUCCAUGGAAUUUUUGAGGCUGCAAGCUUUGGAGGAGCAAACAUCGAUCCAACAGCAUGGGAGGAUAAAAAGAACCCUGGUGAAUCACGAUUCCCUGCUCAGGUGCGAGUUAUGACCAGGCAAGUUUGUGAGCCAUUAGAAGAGGACUCCUUCAGGCCUAUUCUUCAUCACUACGAUGGCCCCAAGUUUCGACUUGAGCUAAACAUUCCAGAGGCUCUCUCUCUGUUGGAUAUAUUUGCAGAAAACAAUCCUUGAACAACAUGUCAUAUAGGCAACACAUCUAACAUACAAUACAGUGAAGAAAAAGAGGAGGAUGAAAGUAGAAAAGGGUUAGAGAGUGAUUUGGCUGCUAUGAUUUGUGAAGAGUUCGAAAGAGGAAGAUGAAUGGAAAAGAGUUUUGUACAUACAGUCUGUAUGAUGAUAUAUAGCCUUUUUGUAUGGAGGCUGUUAUUAGUGUUUGUUGUUCUUUGGCUUGGGGUACAUUUAUAUAAAGAUAAAUAAUGGAAAAUUAAAUUCUAUUUAUUGCGACUUCAAUAUGUACAAGAAAUGAGUGGUAUUGUCGUUUUUUUUUUUUUUU